AUGUCUUCAGCUAUGAAUAUUCUAUCAUCAUUAACAUUUUUUGUUUUAUUUGUUUCAUUAGUUUUUUCUAAAUCGCUUAAUUUUGAAGACAAAAAUUUAAUUGAUUUAUCAAAUUUGAAGAAUGUUCUAGCAUCAGUUAUUUUAAAUGAUGAAAAAAAUAAUAAUAUCAUAAAAAAAAGACAAGAUUCUUUUAUAUCAAGCACUUUUAUAAAUAGAAAUGGACUACAAAUCAAUGGCGGUUUAGCUAAUUUAAAUACAUCAGUUAUUCAAGAACAAAAACAAAAACAAUUACCAUUAAAUUCAAUUCUUUCUCUAUUACAACAACAUUUAAAAUCUGUUUUAAAUCAACUAUCAUUUUUGAUUACGGAAUUGGAACUAGUACCAUCUAACAAUACUUUUGGAACUAUUCAAAAUGGACUUCUUUUCAUAUCUAAGUCAUAUGAAUUGAAUGAUCAAGAUCUAGCUGAUAAUUCAUUAACCGCUCAAGAUGUUCCAAGUGGAGUUAUUUUAAAUGAUGAAGUAGAUAAUCAUAUUAUAGAAAAAAGACAAAGAAGUAGUAAAACCAAAAAAAAUAGACAAAGAAAAAGAAGACAACUAACUGUUUCUAUUAAUAGCAUACUUACAAGUUUAGCUCAAUUACAACAGCAAUUAACUAAUGUUCAAGCACAAAUCAUGCAAUUGACAGCAACAACAACAACAGUAGCAACCACUACAACAACAUCAACGGCAGCAGCUAUACCAUAA